AUGUUCAUACGUAGCCUCAAACGCGAUGUCCAGAUCCAGAAUCUGUACAGAUGUCCGCCGGAGGACAUGUGCGAGACAGUGGUCGCCAAACUGGAAAAAAAUUGGCGAAAAGAGUUAGUAAAACAAUCGCCAAGUUUUAUGUGGGCAUCGAUUAAGACAUUUUCGGGAUCCAUAAUAUUGCCGAUUAUAUUAAUUAUAUUAUAUGCAUUACUUUUGAAACACUCGGCGUUUUCAAAGACAACAAUCGGACAGAUAUUGAAUCUAAUGUCCAACGAUGUCAGCCGUUUGGAAGAAUUUUGUCAGCACUUUGCUUAUCUAAUUGCCGGUCCGAUUAAUCUUGCCAUAGGUGUGGCCAUAUGCUGGCAAUACAUCAGUUGGGUGUCAUUCAUAGGACUGGCAAUACUUAUAUGUUUUAUACCAUUCAAUGGUCUAAUGGGCCGAUUGUUUCUCAAGAUUAGGAGAAAAGUGGCCGCACUUUCCGAUAACCGAAUCCGUUUGAUGAACGAUAUAAUAACUGGUAUGAGUGUUAUCAAAAUGUAUGCCUGGGAACGACACUUUAGCCAACUUAUAGCCGAUGCCCGCAGGAAAGAGAUGAGACAAAUACAAAAGUCGACACUUCUUAAAGCGCUAAACAAAUCCAUAUCCGAUAUCAGCGGUCGGUUUAUCAUAUUUAUCAUAUUAAUAGUCCAUAUACUGUUAGGCGGUAAACUAACCGCCGAAACAGUGUUUAUCUCAAUGUAUGUCUACCAGGGAUUACAGUUUACAAUGACCUAUGCCUUUCCUCUAGUGGUGGCACUGGUCGCCGAAGUGUAUGUCUCAGCUAAACGUAUUCAGACAUAUCUACUAUUAGAGGAAAUUGGAGAACAAAAUGAAUUCAUAAAUGAAAUGAGUUUCGAAAAUAACGGCAACAACAAUGAAAAUGUUACUCUUUUAGCACAUAAUAAUAAUAAUAAACAACAGCACCGGGAGGUCGACCACAAUAAAGAAACUAAUAGUACUAUUAUUGUCGCUAAUUUGUGUGCCACUUGGGAUACAGAGCUUAAUUUGCAGACAAUUAAAGACAUAACUGUUUCGUUAGCAUCGGGUGAGUUGUUAGCUGUUAUCGGACCGGUUGGUAGUGGAAAGAGUUCAUUUCUAAUGUCACUGUUGAAUGAGAUACAAAUAACCAGUGGUCGGGUAGAGGUUAAGGGAUCGGUAGCCUAUGCCUCACAGGAAAGUUGGAUAUUUAACUCAACAGUUCAACAAAACAUAACGUUUGGAAAGCCGUAUGAAAUAAAUCGAUUCAAAGAAGUCAUAUCAGUCUGUGCUAUGAAUCGCGACUUAAAGAUGUUUCCGUUCGGCGAGCGAUCUCUGGUCGGGGAAAGAGGUGUUACACUCAGUGGCGGACAAAAAGCUCGGAUAACAUUAGCCCGUGCUCUGUAUACUAACGCCGAUAUCUAUCUAUUGGACGAUCCGUUAAGUGCUGUCGACACUGAAGUUGCAAAUCAUAUCUUCGAAAAAUGUAUCACUGAAUAUUUGAAAUCAAAAUCAGUGAUUCUCGUCACACAUCAGAUACAGUUCAUCAAAAAGGCCCACAAAAUACUGGUCCUACGCGAGGGUCGGCCACUGGCUGUCGGUUCCUAUACAGAGCUUAUGGAAGCGGGCAUUGAUUUUAUGUCACUAAUUAAAGAGGAAGAAAAACCUAUAGUUAAUAGUGAUAAUAAACAAGUCAUUAGUAGCGAUGACAUUAGACAACGAGCCAUAAGUCGUAUAUCUUCACAGUCGGGACAAGUUAACUUUGAUGGUGAUAGUGACGAGAAAAUAGAUGACGAACUGAAAGCUCGCGGAUCAAUCGAAACCCGUAUCUAUUGGGAGUAUAUCCGAUCGGGUGCCGGACCUGUACUACUGAUUAUUGGCAUAAUAAUGAUACUACUAUCGCAAGGUUUGGAAAACUAUACUGAUAUCUGGCUGUCCGAAUGGGUCAAUCGCGACACCAAUAAUAUCUCGGAUAAUACCAGUAAUAGUGAUGACAACAAAUUGGAUGAAACAGAAAACAUUAAGAUAUAUUCAAUACUUUUGGUGACUAUAUUUGUAUCAUUAAUACUACGGUCGACCACUUGGUUUGUAAUGUGUAUCAAAGCGUCAAUCAAUUUACACAACAGAAUAUUCUAUCGAUUAAUGAGAACCAGAAUCACGUUUUUCGACACAAAUCCUGUCGGACGCAUUUUAAACCGAUUUACCAAAGAUAUGGGAACUGUCGAUGAAAAGUUGCCGUUUGUAUCCUAUGAAGUCAAUCGAUAUAUAAUGAUUACGUUAGGAUCGAUAACAGUGGUUGCAAUUGUCAACUAUUAUCUAAUUAUUCCGGCCAUCGGUCUAUUGGCCGCUGUAUUAGCUAUUCGUUGGAUUUAUUUGAAAACGAGUCGCGAUUUACAGCGUUUCGAAGGAAUCGCCCGGAGUCCACUGUACAAUCAUAUGACAACCACACUGAGCGGACUGACCACUAUUCGUGCCUAUCGUGCGGAACACUUAUUUCGUGAACAGUACUAUCGCUACCAUAAUGACCAUUCGUCUACCUAUUUCAUGCAAUUAGCCGCCACCCGGUGCUUAGGUAUAACAAUGGAUUUUAUUUGUGUCGCUUAUAUCGCAUUUGUGAUGUGUUUCUCAAUGAUUUCAUAUAAAGACUUAUCGAGUGGAACGGCUGGUCUGAUCAUAACAAUAGCAUUGAAUUUGAUAGGAGGCACCCAAACGGGUAUCAGACAGUCGGCUGAAAUGGAGAAUCAGAUGACAUCAGUCGAGAGAAUUGUUGAAUACUCUAAAUUGGAAUCCGAAGGACUGAUCGAUAGUGAGAUACCACCGCCUGAUGAGUGGCCCGACAAGGGAUCCAUUGAACUCAGACACGUGUACUUGACUUAUGAUAAUUCACCGAAACCUAUACUCCAUGAUCUCAAUUGUGUGAUCACUGGAGGAGAGAAAGUAGGUAUAAUUGGUCGAACCGGUGCCGGAAAGUCGUCCAUAUUGUCAGCAAUGUUCCGUAUGCAUGAUAUCGAUGGCAAUAUUAUUAUUGAUGGCAUCGAUCACAAGACUAUAGGUCUACACGAUUUGCGUAGACAUAUGUCAAUCAUACCUCAGAAUCCCAUUGCUUUCAUCGGCAGUUUGCGAAAGAAUUUGGAUCCAUUUGAUGAACAUUCUGAAGAUAGACUGUGGGAAGUACUCGAAGAAGUACAGCUCAAGGAGGCUGUUAUGGAAAUGUCCGGUCAGUUGGAGUAUCAACUGUCCGAAGGCGGCGGUAAUUUGAGUGUAGGUCAGCGCCAACUUAUAUGUCUGGCCAGAGCUAUACUUCGCCGAAAUCGGAUUCUUGUGUUAGACGAGGCAACAGCUAAUGUCGACCACAAAACAGAUGCACUGAUUCAGCGGACAAUUCGUGAAAACUUUGCCGACUGUACUGUACUAACAAUUGCUCACCGAUUGAAUACAAUCAUAGACUCGGAUCGGGUACUGGUUCUCGAUUCCGGACAUAUUAUGGAGUUUGGCGUUCCCUACGAAUUAUUACAGAAUAAUUCGGGAGUGUUUUACAAACUCGUUAAGCAAACCGGUGUCCAAAUGGCCGAUCAAUUGAUACAAUUGGCUAAACAAUCGUAUGAUUUAAAUGUGAAAAACAAAAGUCAAUCAUUUUCGUUAAUGUAUCGUAAUAUAAAACUACGAUAA